CAAGGAGAGGUCUGGAGGAAACCUGGCUGACAAGCUCCUGGACAACAGCUGCUGCUAGCGCGUAUUAGCCGCCUGGGGCCCAAGGAAUCAUUUCAUGGAGAAGCGGAAGUAAGUAGAACUUGCAAUUGACUCAAUAAUUUCCUGGAAGGAAGCAGCUAAAGAAAAAGAGACCAAAGAAUCUUGAUUCAUAACAUAAAAUUUUCUUCCAUUGCCCAGCAUCUCAGGUCGAAUUCUAGAGGAUGAAAGACACAGAUUUCAAUAAUUUUACCCAACUGAGCGGAAAAAAAGGAAUACUCUCUUAAAAAGACUGAGGACUGCCAAUAGAAUCAGUUACAGCCAACAAUCUGAGGUUCACUCGACAAAAGGCCACCUCAUCAGCUACCUAGAUGAUGCUCCUGCAAGAGUUUUGAGAAGUGCUUAAGAAAUCUCUGUCUUUUUGAAGUCUCAUUUCACCUAUUUCUCCACUAAAGAUGGACCUAAAACUAAAAGAUCCGGAGUUCUGGUACACAUUACAUGGAAAUGUUCCAGGGAUGCUGGACUGGGAUAUGGGAAAUGAAUUAUUUCUGCCCUGCACCUCAGACCAAUACCCCUUAACUGAGCAAAACCUUGUCAAAUACAAACUCCGGGUAAUGGAGCCCCCAAAGGUGACCCAAGGGAAAAAAACUAAUAUUGACAAUGAUGGUCCUGACUCUGAACCAAACUUAUGGAUGUGGGUAAAUCCCAGUGUUGUGUGCUCCGUUGGCAGCCAAGAAGUCCCAAAGCCUAAUAAGGAAAAGGAUCUGACAAGAAUACCUUCGUCCACUCGACCACUCCCAAAGAAAUCUAAUUGCUUAGAGACCAUAGUAAUUCAGUCCCUUCCAUCUUGCUCCAGUGAACAAUUUCCUCAACAGCAAAAUUUCACUUCUCCCAGCAACUGGAAGUUCACAGAAAAGGAAACUGAAGAACAAGACAACGAGUACUCUGUGACUCUCCCACCAACUAAGAAAGGGAAAGGCUUACAGAUCCAAAAGUUACGGCAAGAUAAUGGCCAGGAACAGAAGCUCUGGCCCCGUCCACCCCUCAAUUACAGUCAUCUAAUUUCCCUAGCAUUAAGAAACAGUCCUCCUUGUGGUCUCAAUGUGCAACAAAUCUACAGUUUCACCCAAGAACAUUUCCCCUUUUUCUGGACAGCUCCACAAGGCUGGAAAAACACUGUCCGACACAACCUCUGCUUCCUGGGUAGCUUUGAGAAGUCCCCAAUCAGCCUUGAGGAUGAGACUAACACAAAGCCAAGGCCUAGACUUUGGAGACUUACUGAGGAGGGACACCGCCGUUUUCAGGAAGAGACUCGUGCCUUAGCCUCUGCUCGUAGGGAGAGCAUCCAACAGAGCAUGAGUCAACCGGAUGUGAUGACCUCCCUCUUUGACCUUUGAACUACUAUUGAUACCUUUCUGGAACACUGUGCCCUUACUGUGCCUACUCAUGUCCUGAUCGAUUUCAUUAAUUCCUGACUGGUAGUUGUCAAACCUACUAUAUAACUAUUACUUCAAUAAUGGUUUUAAGAGGUGGAGAAUAGUACAGCUGGUAGGGUGUUUGCCCUGCAUGCCGUCAACCUGGGUUCAUUUCAGCAUACUAGACAAUCCUAAGAGCAUGCCAGGAGUGAUCCUUGAGAGCAGAGCCAGGAGUAAUCCCUGAGCACUGUCAGGUAUGCCCCCAAAACAAAACAAACAAACAAAAAAACAAAUUAAAAGAAUGCUUUUAGGGGCCGGAGCGAUAGCACAGCGGGUAGGGCGUUUGCCUUGCACGCGGCCGACCUAGGUUCGAUCCCCGGCAUCCCAUAUGGUCUCCCCAGCACCACCAGGAGUAGUUCCUGAGUGCAUGAGCCAGGAGUAACCCCUGUGCAUCGCCGGGUGUGACCCAAAAAGCUAAAAAAAAUAAAUAAAAUAAAAAAAUUAAAAAAAUAAAAAAUUUUAAAAAUAAAAAAUAAAAAAGGUGGAUCUUGGGCCGGAGCGAUAGCACAGCGGGUAGGGCGUUCGCCUUGCACGCGGCCGACCCGGGUUUGACCCGGGUUCGAUCCCCGGCAUCCCAUAUGGUCCCCCAAGCACCGCCAGGAGUAAUUCCUGAGUGCAAAGCCAGGAGUAACCCCUGAGAAUCGCUGGGUGUGACCCAAAAAGCAAAAAAUAAAUAAAUAAAUAAAUAAAUAAAUAAAUAAAUAAAUAAAUAAAUAAAUAAAUAAAUAAAAAAAAAGGUGGAUCAUUGGAUCAUAAGUCUAGGUGGGAAAUCACAGAACAUUGAAUGGGGAAAGUGGCAGCUGUACAUUUUGAGCAGAAGCAGAAAAUCCUAAAAGUAAUGUUAAGAAGAAAUAUUUUAUGAGAAAUUGAAUUCUGUUUACUGAACAGUAUUCUUACACAUUUAAACGAUUGGUGGAGACUAAAAUAUAAGAUACAGGAUGGAGCCAGGCCUAGAAGAGCCUGGAAUGCCAUGUAUAGGUUUAAAUGAAUAAAGAAAACUGGAUUUGGUGUUCAACUCCUGGAGAUUCAUAUGUUCCCCUUUAAGGGACACAUUUUCCCUUUGCAGGAUUUAUUUUUCUUCUGAUAUUGAACUUUUCAGCAUAUUUUUUUGCCAUCUAAUCCCAUUAUUGACAAUUACAAGCAGCAAAUUUUAAGUUGGAUAUUAAAAGCAUUUGAAUUUGAGUUUGCAUAACUCCACAUUUUUUAAUGACAAACUUUUUCUUUUCAAUUCUUGCAUUCACCACACUUUUAUUGAGGAAAUGCUAAUGUGUCUAAGCGCUAAAGAAAAAAAGCUGACAGUUUAGUGGAAGAUAUUUAUAAACAGGUAUUUUUAACACAAACGUGAUGGAACAAAUAUGCAAGAUUGAUGUGGAAAUGGGGAGAUCAUCCUGCGGAAUACAUUUAAAUGUAAGUAAAUUUUGAACCAGUUUUGAAGAAUAAGGAUUUGCUGAACAUAUAAGUGGAUACAAAGUGAAUUUGGUGUUUGGGUAAGUCAUAGGAAGUUCACUGAAAUUGAGUUAUAUUAUAACCAAAAGGAGCAAGAAAGGAAAAAAAAGGCUUUUCACAUACUACAUUAAAAAGAAAGUAAAGGGGCAGGAUGCUUCCAUUGGAUGCUGCUGAUAAAUUUAAUCCCUAGCACUGCAUAAUCCCCAGCGUAGCCAAGAGUGAUUUCUGAACACUGCCAGGUAUGGCCCCACCUCUCAAAAAAAGACUUUCACAUUCUACUUUGGUGUUUGUAUUUUAUAUUGCUGACUGUUUUGAACCAAGAGAUAUCAGUGGUGUUUUAUAAAAAAAAUCAAACAACCAUUCAGAAUUUGGUUUUUCUAAUUUCAAAAUUCUCUUUAGUAUCUUUUAUACAAAUAUACUUUCAGUUACCAUAUUUAAGCAUAAAGUUAACAAUUUCUGUUUUUAUGUUCUAGUACACUGUUAAAGAAAUAUCCAGGAGACUUAAGUAAACAUUAGCUGUUUAUUAAUGCUUAAAUAAACAUUCACUUUGUGUAUAGAAAAGCAAUUAAUUCAAUAUAAUUUCAGUCAAUUGAAAUGUCUACUGUUUUGUAACUGUCUUCUAUAAGUCACAAAAAAUUGUAUUGAAAAAACAAUGCUUAAGGGGCUGGAGUGAUAGCACAGCGGGUAGGGCAUUUGCCUUGCAUGCGGCCAACCCGGGUUCAAUUCCCAGCAUCCCAUAUGGUCCCCUGAGCACCACCAGGGAUAAUUCCUGAGUGCAGAACCAGGAGUAACCCCUGUGCAGAGCCAGGUGUGACCAAAAAAAAAAGCAAAAAAAUAAAAAAAUUAAAAAUAAAUAAAAAAAGAAAAAAAUGCUUAAAUAAUGUUUUUACAAAAAUAAUUGUGAUGCAGCUUCUUUAUCAUAAAACAAAGUGUGAGGAUGACUUUGAAUUAAUAAAAUAUUCUGACUAUAAUACUCAAUUCCUGAUUCUUUUUUCCACUAAAAUUAGCACUUAUGAUUAAAAUAAGCUGCUGUGAAAUUAGUAUGACUAUUUUAUCACAAGAUACAUUUCUUAUUGAUAUAAUAGAUCUAUUUUUAAAACUUUUCAAAUAGUGCAGACUUUUAUUUUCAGAAUUUUGAGCAUUGGCGGUGUUGGUGGUAUAGUGGUGAGCAUAGCUGCCUUCCAGAAUUUUGAGCAUUAAUUUUCUUUUGUAACCUGACACCUUAAAACUUUGAAAUCCUUUGUCCAAAUGUCUUCUGAAGUUCUCUGUGCUCUGGUUGGGAGAAAGGACUGUGUGUGACAGUUCUUCAGUUACCUUAGAUGAUUUAGAUGGAAGUACUUCCUUCUGACUACUUUCUUGAUCCUGUAUUUCCUUCUUAUCACUGUUCUGUACUUUAUUGCUUCUUCAUAACUAUUUCUCUCCAAAGAGUUCCACUUUCAUUGAUGCUGGCAAUGCUUUCAUCGAUGCUUGCAAUAUGAUGCUUGCAUGGGUGUUAUCUUUCUUUGGUGUAGCUUCAAAAUCAGCUUGGAUAUAUGUGUCAUACCCUAUUCAUAUCAAUAAAAGCUUUG